AGUUCUAUUAGGAGAUGUAAUAGUGGAGUUGUUUCUCAGUUGGAUUUUCAGUUUUUCUACAUGUUUAGACUAAGUGGAUGUUUGUGCCCAAAAUGCACAUUGUUUUGGUAUUAUAUUAAAACUAGAACAAGAAACUUGAUUCUGUAUGCAGUUUUAUGUGGGAUGUUGUGGAACAGAUUUGUGGUCGUUGUAGGGCUUCUUUACUCAAAUUGUAAGAACAAAUGCAUUAAAACCAAAGCAGGCCCAACAGUCACCACUCACCAGAGGCUAUCAGAAAAUUAAAACUAGUCUGUGCAGAAUCAAAGAGAAUCAAAGGGACAGAGGAACUUGACACGAGAAAAGGGUAGGCAAUUUAUGAAGGAUUUUACCAGCAAAGUGACAGAAGCACAAAAUGAGAAACCAAACAGGCUUUGCAUUUAUCAAGCUUAUCCAGAUUUCAGAGUAGUGCUUUGAAUUGAAGCAUUUAUUUUUGAACCAAUGGUUUUUGCUGUACUAUGUCCUUGUUCUCAGUGAGAGCAAAGCUUAUUCAGACCCCAAAAAGAAGAGGUAGCAAAGCCAACUCUGUGAUGGGUUCUUGCAGCAGAAGAAGAGAGGAUGAAGGCUCUGAAAAUCCAGGCUUCUACAAGUGUGUUGAUUACUCUGUUCUUUCAACAGGGAAGCUUAAAGUCCCCCAAGAUUUUUGUGAGAAUUUUGAAGUAAAGGUGCCUCAUCAAUGCCACCUUGAGACUUUUUCUGGAUCUUGGCUUGUUGGUUUGAAAAGGAUUAGUAGAGAGUUCUUCUUCAAAAAGGGUUGGAGGGAAUUUGUAGAGGGAAAUUGUUUGAAACUAGGUGAAUAUAUGGUCUUGCAGUACAUUGGACAUGCAAAGUUCAAUGUUGAAAUUUAUGGGCUCAAUCGUUGCAAUAAGAUGUCAAAGGCUGGGAAAAGUGACAGGCUUCUUGAUGAUUUUGAUGUGAUUGUUGUGGACUCUGAUUCAGAUUCUGAAAUUGAGUUUCCUAGGGAACUGGUUUGUGGAAGAAAAUUGUCAAGGAGAGGUAGACCUCGUAAUUUAGCCACCGUAAACCGUUCUGGAAAUCCCUGCUUCAGUGUCCAGAUGUGCCAGACUCAUGUGACCAAGGGACCAUUGCUCACACCAAGGAGCUUCAUGAGGAACACACACAAGCCAAAGAAAGUUGAGCUUCAAGUUGGAGACAUGGUCUGGGAGGUGAACUGGAUCCAUCCUUACCAGAAGUCUAGUAGGUUCAGUGGAGGCUGGCUACGUUUUGUGAGCCAUAACGGAUUGCAAGAGGGAGAUUUAUGUGACUUUGAGCUGAUAUCGAAGACAAAUGAGGUUGCGGUGAUGAACGUUUCUUUUAGGAAAAUGUAGUAUUUGAGUUAUUUUUCAGUUUGGAGACAUUAGAUACUAAUUUCUUAAUGCGGUUUAGACUAAAUGGGAUGUUUGUGUAACAAGGGCACCUUGUUUUGGUACAUUCAGAAGAACACAAAACAUUGAUUCUGUAUGCAUUAUUCUGUAGGAUAUGGAAUGGUAUUGUGCUUUUAUUGUGUUUGGAUUAUACCUUUGCCUUUCAACUUCAAGGGGAAUAUUGGACUCCCUCCAUUCUUUU